ACCUGUCAGAAGGACGGACGGAGAGGGGCCGUGUGUGUGUGUGUGUGUGUCGACUGUGGUUAGCUAGUGCAGGAAAGAUGCUGUCCAAUAUCUCCAAUGUCCUCAGAGCCUGCGCUACCAGAAAUGGAGCUGCAGUGGUCAUGUCGGCGCGCACAUAUGCCGACUUCACCACCCAGGCUUCCUUUGAAGUAAAGAAAUGUGACGUCUUCAAGCUGGAAGAGGCUCCAGCAACUGAGGUGGUCAUGACCCGUGACGAGGGUCUGCAGUAUUACCGCGUCAUGCAGACAAUGAGGCGUAUGGAGCUGAAAGCAGAUCAGCUUUACAAGCAGAAGAUCAUCAGAGGAUUCUGCCAUCUGUAUGACGGCCAGGAAGCCUGUGCUGUUGGUAUUGAAGCAUCAAUUAAUCUGUCUGACCACCUGAUCACUGCAUACCGCGCCCACGGCUACACAUACACCAGAGGAGGGACCGUGAAGGAGAUCAUGGCUGAACUCACUGGCAGAAGAGGAGGUAUUGCAAAGGGCAAAGGAGGCUCCAUGCACAUGUACUGUGAACACUUCUAUGGAGGAAAUGGAAUUGUUGGAGCUCAGGUUCCCCUUGGUGCUGGUGUGGCUCUUGCCUGUAAAUAUCAGGGCAAAAAUGAGUUGUGUGUCUGCCUCUAUGGUGACGGUGCUGCAAACCAGGGUCAGAUCUUUGAAACCUACAAUAUGGCAGCACUUUGGAAGUUGCCUGUCAUCUUCGUCUGUGAGAACAACAGGUAUGGUAUGGGAACAUCAGUGGAGCGAGCUGCAGCCAGCACAGACUACUACAAAAGAGGAGAGUUCAUCCCUGGUCUCCGGGUGGAUGGCAUGGAUGUGCUGUGUGUUCGGGAAGCUACCAGGUUUGCCGCUGAUCACUGCAGAUCUGGAAAGGGUCCUAUUAUUAUGGAGCUUCAGACUUACCGCUAUCAUGGACACAGUAUGAGUGAUCCCGGUGUCAGCUACCGAACUCGUGAGGAGAUCCAGGAAGUCCGCAGCAAGAGUGACCCCAUCUCCUUGCUGAAGGACCGCAUGCUCAGCAACAACAUGGCCAGUGUGGAGGAGCUCAAGGAGAUUGAUAUUGAGGUGAGGAAGGAAAUUGAAGACGCUGCUCAGUUUGCCACCACAGAUCCUGAACCCCCGUUGGAAGACUUGUGCAACCACAUCUAUCACAACGAUCAACCAAUGGAAGUGCGUGGCACGAACCCGUGGGCCAAGCUGAAGUCUGUUAGCUAAAGUUUUGCCCGCCCCUUUCUUUUAAUCACCUCCUCCACCCUGUAAUAUAUGUCAUCGAUAUACGCACAUCAAUAAAUGCAUCAACAAGCAAUUCAGUUUCAACAGCAGGGGCCAUAUUCACACAGAUGUUCUGUGAGUUCAACAAACACAGAUGGGACAUCAUUUAAAGCGCUGCUUUACGUGUUUUGACCAUCUCAUGAAAGUCUCUCCUAUUUAUUUAUUUUUCACAAAAGCAUUAGAGACACUGGUGGGUUAUUUAAAACCAUCCUACAAGUACAUUCAUUUUGAGGUUAGCUCCAGAAAUUCCCAGAGCUACUGUAUUUUAACGCAUAACGGAGAUUAUUAGGCACUUUUCUUUUUUAAACGACAAACAUUUUUGUAAAUCUGGCCUCAAGUGAAUAUAUUGAGCUUAUUCUAAAAUUGCUUGUUUGAUGUAUAUCUCGGGCCGUUUCUGAGGUGUUUAUUAAGCAAAUGGUUCCGGUUACCGUUACGGUUCAUCUCAAGACCAGUCAAACCUGACUUUUUAUCCUCCUCAAUUAGAUCAAAUCAAAUCCUUUAAUCCAUCAUCAAAAAAGGGAAAGUAGCAGAGAUAUGGAUAAAAGAUUUAUUGACACGACAACAAGUGAAAUGUUUUGUCAUAGCAUAAACUUGAGUUUUGUUGAGUGACGUAGUAUAAAUCCGGCCUCCGUAUUAUGUACUUUGUACUUAGUAAGUACUUAAGUACUUUUUUGUCUCUAGUGUACAUGAUGCGUAAUAAUUUGAUUAACCCAGACACCAUAAACGGACGCGCGGUAAACACUGCUGUCACGAUCAUCACUCAUUCUCCAUGUGAACGGUGAGACCUUUGAAUUGAUCAUGCCAAACCUAACAUACAAACACGUGCCUGGCAGAUCUCGUGCUGUUCAAGGACGAAUGUGCCGUCUUAUGUUUGUGUCGCACUCCACAAUGAGCUGGUGAUUCUGUGCGUCGGAUGUUCACUGUGUUUACAUUCACUGGGUUAACUUGUUCCAAAUAGGUCCACACACAACCAACACAAUCUUAAUCCAGAAUGUAAACACUGUGACUUCUUGUCUGAAUUCUUCAGCUAAACUAAACUACUCCAAAUUGUCCUAAUCUGGGAGAGAUUUCAUCAGUACCUUAUGUGUCACUUGUAUGUUUUCCCCAGAAGGUGUUUUGUGCUGAGACACAUCAUUGGCUUUUUCUGUCCUGGAACAGAUUAUUUUGACAAAUACUGGGAAUGUUGUCUUCUGGAAAACAGACUGAAACUCAGACUGUCCUGUAUUUGUUGUCAACUGUUACACUGAGGGUGAGGGACGGCUCAAGGAAACACUGGUUUUAUGUGCGAGCCAAUAAUAAAAAGACUGUAAAGUA